CAGUGUAUUUAGAACAUCGCUCUCAGAUAUCGAGAUGGCGGUCAAGGCAAGACCGAGGAGGUAGCUCGAGAUGUUUUGAUUCUGUUUCAAGGUGAUUUGGGAAAUUUGAGAUAACUUUCUCAUGCCGACUGUCAACAUUUAAGAGCUUGCUGCCAUCCCUCUAAAGCUAAACCAUGGCUGAGCACAUUCUUGAGGCUCUCUCUAGCAACCAAUCCACAGAAUUAUAUGAUGAAAUCAAACAUCUUCUUGAUAUUGUUGAUAAGGAGAGUAACAAUGAUAGCAAGAUUUCUGCUGCAUUUGAUGAAAAUCUCUUCUCAGAGGUUUCAGAGCUACAACCCAAGAUGGACACAAUAUUUGCAGAUAUUCAAGCUAGCAUUCCUUCCCUUGACUUUGAAGCUUCAAGUGUGAGCUCUGAUGAGGAACUUAGUGUCUUCAAUCGUUCUAUGAAAACACCACAUUCGGACCGAGAUCCGACUGAAGAUACCUUGACACCUGAAGCAUGGCGAAAGGCAUUGGAACCCACUCAGGACCUGGAAGACAUCCCAGUCCAGGCACCCACCUAUGAGUACAUCAAAAUCAGUCAGGAUUCCAGCCCUUACAGAAAUCCUGCUUCCUUCAAAUCAUCCAUGCCAAAGCUUGUUGAGACUGAAACCAGUGGAGAACCAACCAGUCCUAGGGUAUUCAACCGGCGCUUGAUGUCCAUGUCUUCGACAGGAUCUGAUGAUGGGACUGUCCGCUCUCCUCUCCUUGCACAGGAACUUGUUCCUCGAGAUAUGAUUCCAUCCAUCGAUGACUUUGAUGAUGGAGAGGACAUCCUUGGACACUCUGGCAGCAGUUUUGGUAACUCUGAAGGCAGCCUUGGACAAUCCGGAAGUAGCCUUCAGACUGUUAUUUCAUCAGUUGUUGCUGAAAGCUUUGGACUGGAUUUUGAGGAUGACCUUGAGAACUUACCUCAGGACAUUGAUCCAGGUGACAGUAUCAUGGAUGUUGCUCAGGAAUCUGUGCCUGUAGAAACCAUAUUGGCUGAGCUGACCAAAGAUCCAUCAAGAAUUGUAGAUAAUCGAGAGGUGUUCCAGGAGCAAAGCGAAAGUGAUGCCAUAAUUGAAGCCAUGCUUCCUGCAGAAGUUCCCACGUUGGCAAUAGAGAAAGUGGAUUUUAUUGAUCUUGACCUCUUGAUUGAUGCCUUUCCUGAGAGGUCAAAUGUCAUGGAGAGGUCAGGAGGUCAACCAGGAGGGAAAGGAGAUGGAAGUAGCACGGAUAAUACAUGCCUGAUGGACAAGCUAGCCCAGCUUUGUAUUGACCAGUCUGGAGGGAAGAUUAGCAAGGCAGACCUCACUCCAUCACACUCUCAGCAAGGCAGGAAGAAAAAGGGGAAAGGUCUAGCAGCUAAACCACCCAAACCACCUCCUAAAGUGGUCUGGGAAGAGAAGACUAGUCCUAAAAGAUUCAACAACACCAGCACCUCCCCUCCCAAGCCGAGUGAAAGAACCCAAAACAAGUCAGCUUCUACAGGGACCUCUACUGUCAUGGACCAUUCCAUUUUAGAUGUAGGAGAGCCCUCAAAUAUAGCUAGUAAAGGAAAAGUAAUGAAUCUUCAGAGGAGCAAGCAAACAGUCUAUUUGGACUUGAGGCCUAAAAAAGAGGAUGAAGAUGAGCUGUCUAGCAAUGCCCCAUCCAAAGCAGUUCAAAGAAUCUUACAGCUACAUUCUAAACAGAAUGAAGGUAGUUCUAGUGAUGACAGUAGUGAUGAUGAAGAUUCUGCCCUUGGUUGGCAUGAGAAGAGGAGGAAGAUCAUGCAGAAAUUAGGUCAGGUCAAAGGUCAGUCAUCUUUGACCUCUGUAGGAAAUCAAACGGGUGACAAUGAGAGAGCUGCUACCAGAGAUAGAGAACCCAUGAGGAACCUUGUUGCUAAGCAACACAGAGUCAUACAUAUUGUACAUGAUGAAGGAAGGGCAGAAAGCAGCACACAGACAUUACCAGUAGUAAAGCCAAUACCAGUACCAAGGGAAACCUACAACCUUCAACUUCCUCCAACCCCUCCCCAGUCACCCUCUAGCCAGGGUAAUCUUACCCCACAACGUAGGACUAGUCUUGGAGAGGACCAAGGGAACCACAAGGACCAGAUACCAAACAAGAAGGACCAGGAUCGGGACCAUAACAUGGUACUGGCCAGGAAGCUCCGGGAACAGAAGGAAAAAGAACGUCAGGAACAUAUGAAAUUUCAGAAGAAACUUGAGACGUUACGUCUUCAAAUGACUAUGUCAGCAAAGCACAAGGAGAUUGCAAAGGCAACUGAUGUGAUCUUUGAUCUGGAAGCAUCAUACAAACCAGAAUCUAACCUAUUACCCUCGAUCCUGAAGCCGACUCAUGAAACAGCCCUCCUUACUGUCACCAUGACAACGGUCGGAAAUAUUCUCCUCCACAAGAGCUCUGGAAAGCAACCCUUAGAGAAGCUGGAUAGCCAGAUCUCUGGAACAUAUAUAGUCCUUCUCUCUUGGUUCCUUUCCUUGGUUCCUAAGGACCUGGACUACCUAAACGACCCUACUGUUCAGGCUACAUGUGGUGCAAGUGGGAUAGAUAGUACUCCUUUCAGAGUCCUUGGUCUGCAACAGAUAUGGAAAGAUGGAAAACUACAAUUAUUGGUGGCCAUCACACCUCCUUGUAUGGACUCCACAAAGCACUCACCCAUCAAAGCCAAGAAAGGCAAGCUGAGAAACGAGGUGCGUGACAUGACCCCCUUCCAGCAGACUGUCUCCAAGUUCCUUACCAGCAAGAACCUUCAUACCCUGGCCCCAUGGAUGCCCUUUGCCUUCAGGUUUGCUCAGGAGUUCUCAGGUGAACCUUUAGAGUUAAAACCCAUUCCUAUGGAGGCAACACGAGAGGGCGCUACAGACACUGGAACAUAUAUCCCACCAUACCCUCAAGUCAGCAGCAAACCCCUUGCUACUUACGUGUCACUGAGUACUUCUCCUUGCGCAGUAGAAGGUGCUUUCACAUCCACUCCAGGCUUCUUCUGGAGAACAUUGGAUGCAGAGGAAUCGGUAUAUGACCAGUUGACUAACGAUGAAUACAGUAAUAAUGGUGAUAUACAGAACACUUUGACUGUUUUUCAUGAUGCAAUAUAUCACUUUCCGUCCAGACAAGCAGGGGUGUUAUAUCGUCUCCUUCAGGAAGGACUUGACAUCUCUGGUCUCAGGCUUAUGUACAACUCUAAAGAUCUUCUAUCAAGUCCUCGUGUCCUUCGACCAAAGCAGUGUGGUAAUGAAUCAGGUAUGCCGGUAGUCGUUCUUGGUAUCAGAGGCAACCUGGCCCGUACCCGAUGGCUAGAUGCAGUGGGGCCCUCUGAUCCUCAACUUGCAAAAAGAACAGAUCCAUAUUCCUUGAUGGCCUUAUAUGGUGGGACCACUCGUGAUGACCUUACUAUUAUCUGUCCUCGGAAUCCAAGCCGUAUCAAUUAUGAACUCUCACUUUGGUUUGGUGCAAGAGGUACUAAUGAUCGCUUAGUUGAAGCUACAGACUCCGUACCAUCACGGCUGGAUAGGAGAGUAAGAUCAGAGAGUCCUAAACAGAAGAAAAGCCGCAAGGGAUCAAGGAAAGAUUCUUGGUCAAGCAGUAGCAAUGAAGACCUGGAAUCUACAGGGUUGUCAGCUAGUACCUUAGUAGCCAGCACCACUGGUGAUAUGGUUCUAUCGGUGUCUCCUCUGGUACCUCCUAUGUGUCUUGGUGUGAUCUUAUCAAGCUGUCAGGAGAGAGGUUAUCAAUUGAGAGGAAUCAAGAGAGUCAGACUCAACUCUAGAAGAGCUAAUUCACUAGGUUUACAGGGCAAACAAGUUUCUGUCUUUAGUCCAAUGUCGUGUUCUACUCCAACCUCACCCAAGAAUUGUGAAGAAGCAUUGAGAAAGCGUCUAGAAGCUGGUUUACCUGCCUCCACUAACCCUCCUCUUCCAUCAAUCUUGAUUCAUUUAAGAGCAGAGAAUACUAUGAGGAAUGCUGGUGGAUUAAUCUAUGCUCUUAUGAUCCAACUAUCUAGACAAGGUCUAUUGUCAUCCAUCCAAGGGAAUGCAGAAACCAACCUCAAAUCCAGCUUGUGUUUCCAUGUAACGCCUUUCUCUGACAACCUCCUCUCCAAUCUUGGUGGUGAUUUCAGUCGUAUUCCUGAGCAUGAUGUGUAUCAUGGAGUGUCUGUACCAUCUUCAUUCUACUCUAAUCCAGAGUUAGAGCAGAUUGUUGUUGUUACAUUUUCAGGAGCUAAGACAUUAAAACUCCUUGGUAACACACUUGGGAAGCUGCUUGGUGUCUAUCCAGUGACAUCAACCAACAACCUGAUGACACCUAGAGCCAAUCCUGGUGAAGGUUUAGAACUCCUUGGUAUCAAGUUCUUACCUUCCUUGACUGCUUUCCAAGCUAAAGAAUUAACACCGUUUGAGGUUGGUGACCGUAGCUGGCAACCAAGUGUCCAUACUCUGGUCUCUAACCCUGCUGUUAUCUGUGUCUUGCGUGGGAUUAAUGCUUUCCACCAUGUCCGAUCUGUACUCAAGAUCCCAACACAUCCAAAUGACUUCAGGCGUGGGGCCAAACUAGAGGUCUGCAUGGAGAGGUUGAUGUCAGCAUCUGCUGAGAUUGCUUUCCGUCAGGCAUCAAUGUUCUUCCGUGAUCAUGAACUUUUUGCUGAUCCCAGUAUGAGAGCUAACCUACCUUACCAGCCUCCAUUACGUAGCCCUAGCCUUGAGGAACUCUCUAAUGCAAGGUUUGCAUGGGCUGAAGAUCAUGGCAUGAGUUCAAAGAAGACAAAGUAUAAGGCCAAUGCAGGAGAGACAAAAGGAACAGUGCUGGUUGAAGAAUCAAUAUUCAAGACAAUGCUUGCAGGCCCAAGACCUAUCACGACAACACUUGUGAUCAAACCAGGAGCACUCAAAAACUUCUCCAAGAUCCUCAAACGAGUUUGUCAAGAAGAUUUCAUCAUUGUGGCCCUUCGUCUUCUUACCCUUAAUGAUCGGCAGGCCAUGGCUUUGGUACCAGAGAGGGAGGCAGAGAACUCAGUCAUCUGUAACAUGCAUCUGGACCACCUUACAUCUGGUCCAGUCCUAGUCCUGGUCCUACAGAGGGAGAAUGCUGUUAGGAAGCUAUUGAGUCUUCUUGGACCAAACAAUCCAAAAGAAGCAAAGAAGAAGAAUGAGUUCCUUUGGAGAGGCAUGUUUGGUGCUGACCCAAUCAACAAUGCACUUCACGGUUCCAUGACGUAUGUGAAGGCAGUUGAGGAGCAGAUUUUAUUCUUCCCUGAAGGAUUAUGUUGUAGACUAACAUCAGAUCUCAAGGCUGAUAAGAUUGCCUGUCCAGCUGUAGAUACUGUGUUAGGAACCAGUCAAGCCUCUAAGAGAAGUUUCAUGCUAAGGAUAGGAUCACCCAGAGACACCAGUCUAUCUUCAUCUGAGAGUUUAAUAUCACACAAUGGAGACACAAGCCCAAGGAGCAUAGGUGUUGGUACAAGUACUGCUGACCUUACCCUUCAUUCCCAUAGUGCAUUGUGUCAGACAAAUUGCAUCCUGUUGACCCCACCUCUUCAGCUUCUCAAUGUCAGUGGUCAUCGUAAGGGAUAUGUUGAUGUCAUUGAUUGUCUCCGUCAUCGUGGGUUCAUCAUCGUUGGUGCUAGGAUGCUAUGGUUUACCCAGGCUCAGGCUAAGGAGUAUGUCUCAAUAUACAGUGGGGCUUUCCCCAAUCUGGGUCAACUUCUCUGUCAUGGACCAAGCAUUGUUCUAGCAAUACAAAGAGAUAAUGCUGUUAGCUGUUUAGGUUCUCUUCUUGGAAACAUGCUGGAUAAAGAAUCUGUUAUCAACAAAUAUGGGAAGCACAUCAUGAGACCUAAGGAUACCAAAGAAGCAAUCAAGCAUCUUGAGUUCUUUUUUAAUGAGUUGAUACCAGGGAGUCAAGGAGAGAUUGUAUCAGACGAUGCCUCAUUAGGAUUUCUCUCAUCUUGAUAUUUGGGCUGAUUUGAUUACAUUAAUUGAUUGCAAUCACCUGUAUGAUCAAUCGCUAAUGUUUAUGUUAAGGGAUCCAGGGGUCUAGCAAAUUUAUCAUAAAUGGUAAUUAUAUAAAGCUAAUGAGAAGCUACUGGAAUCUAGCAAUUUGAUUGGUUUAUCAUAAAUACAGAUGUACUGUACAUGUACCUGUAAUGUAUAUUGAUAACAAGUUGAAUGAAAUGAAAUUUAACUCAGCUACUGUGUUGAGUUCACAUUAGAAGAAGAUGUGCAAAAAGACAAAAUGAAAUCACAUUCAAAAUCUUUGCAUUUGUCUUCACUUAAGAGACAUUAAAAAAAUCUAUUAAAUUAAAAUCUUGAUAGUUGCAGCUUAUGAAAGUAGUACUUUUUUUUCUUUUCAUUUGAGUGUUAAAGGUCAAGUCCACCUCAACAAUGAUUUGAAAUUAAAAAAAAAAAACAGGCAAACCUUGAAAGUUUUGUUGAAAUUGGGUGUUGAAUAAGAAAGUUAUGUUUUAAGGUUUUGCUUAAUUCCACACAACAGUGAUGCACAUCUUGGUCGGUAUGCAAGUGAGGGAACCGAUGAUGUUACCCAUCGACUAUAUUGGGGGAUAUUUGAUGAUAAAAAUAGUGAAAUUUCUUGUGUUUUUUGUUUCUCCAUGAACUCCUACUGUAAUUAAAGAGAGAUGUUUCCUUGUAAAAUAAGCAAAAUGUGAAGUAUUCUAUUUUUUUCAUGUAAGAAAAUGCAAUAGAAUUAGUGAAUUAAUGCCACCAUCAUCUUUUCCACUCUGCUGUUCAUGUAAAAUACCCCUGCCAAACGAAGCUUGAAUGGGGUAUAUAGGAAUCAGUGUACGGUCGGGCGGGUGGUCUGUCCGUUGCAAAUCUUGCACAUCGAACUACUUGCUCAGUUUUCUCAUGAGACUUGGAACACAUAUUGAUAUUGGGGUAUAGAUGUGCAAGACGUUCAGUGAUAGUUCCUGUUGUUUUGUGAUAAAAUACUAGUAACUGAAACUACAAAAUGCUAUUAAUUUUUCUACCCCUGCCAUACAAAGUUUGAAGGGGGUACAUGUAUAUAGGAAUCUGCCUACGGCGGUCGGUUAAUCUGUUGCAAAAACUUGCGUUGAAAUUACUUAGUUUUUGACCAAUUUUCAUGAAACUUGGAACACAUAUUGAUGUUGGGGUGAAGAUGUGCAAGAUGCACUUUUUGCAUGUGUCAGAAAUUGUGUUGUCAUGGUAACAGUAUAUUUUGGCAAAAAUAAGGUAAAAAUCUUGCAGUUCAAACCACUUUCUUAGUUUUUAACCCAUUCUCAUGAAAUUGGCUACACAUUGAUGUAAAGAUGUUUAAGAUAUAUAUUUUGUGUUUUUCAGAAAUCAUGUUGCUAUGGCAAUGUAACAUUAGGUAAAAAACUUGCAGUUUUAAUUGCUUUUUUUUAAUUACAAUUUUCAACCAAUUCUUCUGAAAUUUGGCUCACACAUUGGUAUUUGGGUAAAGAUGGGCAAGACACAUUGUUUCUAUGUGUCAACACAUUGUUUCUAUCUGUCGGAAACUGUUGUCAUGGUAACAACAUAGGGCGGGGGUAUUAAUCACUUUCAGUGAUAAAUCUAGUUAGUUUACCUCCAAAUUCCAUGAAAAUUUCAGAAUGAAGCUUGUUUGAUUUUCCUGUUUAUUCCAAAACACUUUUUUAUACGCCUGUCCUAGACGGGAUGUAUUAUGGUAUCAUGCUUGGUGUCUCUGUCAGUCCCUUAAAUUUUCCUUGUAAACGUGAUAACUUCAGUUUGACUUAACCUAGGCUCAUAUAAUUUGGUGUGUAUGAUACCAGCAUGGA